AUGGGUUAAGAAUUUUAUAAUAUGAAAAAUAUUAAAAGGCAAAAAUCUAUCUUUGAUUAAACAUUUAGUUAAAGAGCAACAACUACUGCAGAAUCAAGAAGGACAUAUAAAAUCCCAUUACAGAUUAAUGAUUUCAAAAACAAAUUUGAAGCCUACCUUUCUGGAUAAACUACUUGCAUUGAUGUUAUUAAAUAUAACAACAGCUUGCCAACAAAAAAGUAUAGAAAUGUACAACAAAUUAUAAUAUUUAGAGUAAUUUUACCAAAAGGAAAACUCUUCAUCAUGCUAAUACAAUAAACUAAUAAGAACCAAUCAUCGAUUACAAUGACAUUAAAGAAUUUAUUGUUGAUUAUGACUAAAACUACACUGAAAUCAAAAAAACUCUCAACACUUAACCUUCUCUAUCAGAAAGAAAAUCUUCUAAUUAAGGAUUGAGAACUUACAUUAAAAGUGACUAUUAGGAAAAUAAACGUUUAAAUCAUUUGAAUCUAAUAGCGGAAGAUUAUAGAUCGAAGAUAAGAAAUAAUAAUUUAGUUUCGAAUCCAGAUCAGUUGAGUACAAUAUUAUGUUAUGGUAGUAUUCAAGAAUAAAAUCAAAGCAAGGACUAAAAAUAUGGCAUUAAUUAGGUAUUUAUCAAGUUUGCAUUUAGACCUAAAUUUGACUCAGCGCAUAUUCAAUCUCAAAUAAAAUUAUUAAAGCUAGAAAAUGGCACAAAAUAACCAAUCAUAAAUGUGUAUUAGAAAGUAAUCAUAUAAAAAUACAUAAUACUAGUUAUUUCGAACUGCAUCGGAUCAUUUUAUAGAUGCUCUAAAAGAAAAUCGUAAUGUUUAAACAUCUGAUUUACAUAAACUGGGAGAAUUGGAUUUUUAUGAGUAUUAAUAAUUUUAAAUAAAUUUUAGGCUUGAAUAAAGAUAAAACCAAUUAUCAGAAAGGCUAACAAAAAAGUCAGCUUAAUUAAAUAGAAAGAAAAAAGGAUUGAAACACAAUAAAAUUUGUCCUUAAAAUCAAAUUGAUGAUUGUGUUUUAGAUGAAUCUAUAAUCUCAGAAACUGAAGGUUUUCUAUAAAUUAUUAUUUACAAGCAAAAUUAAAUAUCUUUUAUGGUCACAGUAAAAAUUUUUAGAAAAAAAUGAUGAAUCGAAAUGAAAACCCCAAUAAAAUUGUAAGUAUCAUUUCAAAAAUUGAUCAAAUUAGAGAAAAUAUCUACAAAGUAAAUAAAAAUAAAUUAUAUUGUUAAUGA